GUCUCGAGGCCGCCUCGACGAGGACCGCCUUGCGGAAUCCCCUAGAGAACAUGCCAGACCAGUGAUUUUUUAUGAGCGUGAGGACAAAGAGGGCGCGACGACUUAGAUCAACCAUGAUAGGAGAGGGUCCAAAUGUGUACUAGCUAAACAAAAUAGGAGAGGGGUCCAAAUGGGUAGUAGCUGAAACUUGGUUUUCAAGGCAUUACGAAGUUCUUUGGUCUUUUACGUGAAUCAUGACAAAAACCCACAAACUCAAGUCACCCAAUAAGUCAAGCCAUCCCUCGUCACUCGACCGACAGCUUCCCCUCACUCUCUGAAGUCCCUACCAUCCUCCACUCCUCCUCACUUUCCUCCUCCUCCUUCACCUCAUCACCAUCCUCACACAUGGCCACAAGAGCGACCAAGCUCGUCUCCGCCCUCUUCUUGGUCUCCAUUUUCUCGCAAUUGGCCGGGAAAGCGAGAUCCGACCAGCCGUGCGCCUAUCCAUGCUACCCGCCCCCCGCCGGCAGUGGAACUACGGUUACUCCAGUCACGACCACACCGCCUUCUCAAACAGGGUCGUAUUCGCCUCCCAAUUACCUCCCUCCGCCGGCAGGGUACUUCCCGUUCACCCCUCCGCCACCUUAUGGCGGCGGUUUCUAUAUUCCCCCGCCACCCAACUCCAUCAUGCCGUACUUCCCGUACUACUACCGGAAGCCCCCGGGUCAGACGGAGUCGUCGGCAUCGUCUCUCGGAGAAUCAACGGUCAUGGUUGCUGGGACUGGCCUGUUGUGUUUGUUGUACUUAAUUCUGAGCUAAGUCUAGUGGUGGAAUUUUCUUUCAGUUUUAUUCCCUGAGGUAAUUAUUGUGAGAUGAGAUUUAUGU